UUAAUUACACCAUCAUCCGCAUCAGCCCCUGCAUUGGAUUCUAAGGACCAUGAUCUCAUUUUUUUUCAAGCAUCAUUAUCCAGCCCAUGACGCCACUCCCAUCCCCGGGCGCUUGCCCCCCACGCCCCAAUCAUAGCUGCCCAGUCCCCUGUAUACUCCCCCCUCCCCUCAUGGGUGGGGACUAGCAUUUAUACAAGACAAAUCUCCUUCAAGGAUGAGAGAGAGAGAGAGAGGGGGAGAGGGAGAGGGAGAGGGAGAGGGAGAGCACUAGACUAUUACUAUAGCUAGCUAGCUAUAGGAUUGUGUGUUUUUGGUAUGUUGGGCUCCUUGGUGCUGACAUUUUGAUUUUGCCAUUUUACAGUGAGGAGGUAAAGGUGAAGGCUUAGUCCAAUUCCAAUUCCAAUUCCAAUUCCAACUCCAACAACAUGUUUGAUGGAGUGCCUACAGAGCCCUUCCACCACUUCACCACCACAGCUUCAUCAAGAGAGAGACCCUCUCUGUCUCUCCCAGCUCUCAGCUUCCGUGGAGGAACCACCCCCGCUUUCCCCACUUUUGAUCCUUACCCCAUCGCUUCUCAUCACCAUCAUCAUCAACAGGCUGCAGUGCUUCAUGGACAGCAGCCUGCUCACAGCCAGCUUCUUCAUCACCACCACCCAUUGCACCAUCACUCUCCCACUCAGAGACACCAUGGAGAGGAGGACAGCAGCUGCAGGUUGCUCUCUGCUACUACUUUAGAGCUCGAGAGAGAUCAGUCAAUUGAUCCAUGGUCCGACGAAGAAGUGCUAGCUCUCUUGAAGAUCAGAUCUAGUAUGGAGAAUUGGUUUCCAGAAUUCACUUGGGAGCAUGUCUCUAGGAAGCUUGCAGAGCUUGGGUUCAAGAGGAGUGCUGAGAAGUGCAAGGAAAAAUUUGAAGAGGAAAGCAGAUACUUCAACAGCUGCACUAAUUACAGCAAAAUCAACCACAGGUUUCUCAGUGAGCUUGAAGAACUAUAUCAUGGUGAUCAUCAUCAAGACCCUCCACAUGAGGUUUUAGCUGAAAAGAGCCAAAAGAUAGAAAAACCAUUAAGCACUGAAGAAGAAGAAGAAGAAGAAGAAGAAGAAGAAGAAGAAAAAGAAGAAGAAGAUGGUGAUGAUGACAACAUGGAAAAAAUUUUGGAAGAAGAUGAUUUCAGAAAUAAAACUGCAGUUGGGGGAAACCCAGUUCAGGAAAUUAACAAGGAAGAGGCACUGCCAAAACCCAAAAGCAAGAAGAGAAAGAGGAACCACAAGUUUGAAAUGUUGAAGGGCUUCUGUGAGGAUGUUGUGAGGAUGAUGAUGGCUCAACAAGAAGAAAUGCAUAACAAGCUUCUGGAAGAUAUGGUGAAGAGAGAUGAAGAAAAGCUUGCGAGGGAAGAAGCCUGGAAGAAGCAAGAGAUGGAGAGGAUUAGCAAGGAGAUUGAGAAUAGAGCACAUGAACAAGCCAUUGCAGGCAACAGGCAGUCCACCAUCAUUGAACUAUUGAAGAAAUUCACACCCACUUCUUCCCAAAAUCCUCACUUGGAAGGAAAAACAAUUGAAGAUCUUCUUAAGGUGCCAAACAGUGCCGUAACUCCCCCACAAAACCCUCCUCUCACAACUCAACCAAGCACUCAAACCAUAGUAGUUAACGAAACCUCACCAACCCAAAACCCAUGUUUUAGCCUUGAGACUACUCUCGACCCAUGCAUUAAUCCAAGAGUACCCACUUCACCUUCUCCAGCCCCAUCUUUCGAAAACCCUAAUCGGAUCCAUAUCCCAAACAACCCAUUACCACCCAAUACUAUUUCACAUUAUCCCACACACCCAAAACCCCCGCAAAACCCUAAUGCUUCCACCAAGGACAGAGAAGACCAUGGCAAGAGAUGGCCAAGGGAAGAAGUGCUCUCACUCAUAAACCUCAGGUGCAGUCUCUACAACAGCAGUGAAGAGAGAGAGAGUGCAAAUAAGGCUCCGCUGUGGGAGAGAGUGUCACAAAAAAUGCAGGAGCUCGGUUACAAGAGGAGUGCAAAGAGGUGCAAGGAGAAAUGGGAGAACAUAAACAAGUACUUCAGGAAAACUAAAGAUGCCAACAGGAAGAGGUCUCUUGACUCUAGGACGUGUCCUUAUUUUCACCAGUUAAGCAGUUUGUACAGUCAAGGGAAGCUUGGGGCGCCCUCGGAUGGGCCGGAAAACCUCUCUACUUCAUCGGAAAACCAGUCAUCCUAUCAUCAAGGUGGGUCUAGGACUGAUGCAAGUAAUAAUAUGCAUGUUGCAGAAGGUGACGAGAAGAAUGUGGCUCAAGCACCAGCUUUUGAUUUUGAAUUCUAGUUUUGCUUUUUUGCGUUUGCGGGCUUUUGAGAUCAUAAAGUGCUACCUUUUUCACCAGUAAACAUGAAGUCCUACCUUUUUGACAUACUUCUUAUAUAUUUUCAAUAUAUUUCUUCUGGUUCAACGAGGCA